GUUUUGUUUUCCCUUCGCGGCGAAGCGCUGCUCCGAGCGCGGGGCUGAGGGGCGGCUGUGGGCUGCGAUAGGAUACUGUAGGCUGCCGGGAGCUGAGGGAGCGUGAGGAGCUCAGCGUCCGCUGUGAGGUGGAGAUAGCAUUUCCAAAAUCUGUCCUGUGACUGCUGUUGCCUGUCCAAGACAGACAGCUUUGGGGCUGGACCUUGGCUAUUCCACCAUUCAGUAUGGCUUCUCCAACUCUGCUCAUGCGUGUUGUUGCCUCUGCGUAUUCUGUUGCAGAAAAAGCUGCAACAAUUGUUAGAAAAGUAAUGGCUGGAGGAGAUCUGGGGAUAGUAGAGAAGAGUGGAGCCAAUGACUUGCAGACCAAAGCUGACCGACUGGUACAAAUGAGCAUCUGUGCUUCAUUGACACGAAAGUUUCCCAAAGCAACAAUCAUAGGAGAAGAAGAUCUACCUCCUGAAGAAGUAAAUGAGGAAUUAAUUGAAGAUGGCUACUGUGAAGAAAUCCUAAAGAAAACUUGUCCUGCUCAGUACACAGGAAUUAAAGAGGAAGAGCUUGUAAUAUGGGUUGAUCCUUUGGAUGGAACCAAAGAGUACACUGAAGGUCUCCUUGACCAUGUCACUGUUCUCAUUGGAAUUGCUUAUGGAGGCAAAGCAAUAGCUGGAGUUAUUAAUCAGCCAUAUUACAACUAUGAGGCAGGAGCUGAUGCUGUAUUGGGCAGAACAAUCUGGGGAGUCCUGGGCAUAGGUGCCUUUGGAUUUCAGCUCACAGAAGUACCAGCUGGGAAACACAUCAUUGUUACCACCCGUUCGCAUGGCAGUACUCUGGUAAACGACUGCAUCAGUGCUUUGAACCCAGACAGCAUUAUCAGAGUUGGAGGAGCAGGAAACAAGAUCAUUCAACUCAUAGAAGGCAAAGCAUCUGCUUAUGUAUUUGCCAGUCCUGGAUGCAAGAAGUGGGAUACCUGUGCACCUGAAGCUAUUUUACAUGCAGUGGGAGGCAAGAUAACUGAUAUCCAUGGAAACUCUUUUCAGUAUAACAAAGAAGUAAAACACAUGAAUUCAGCUGGGGUCCUUGCCACUUUGAGAAAUUAUGACUAUUAUGCCAGUCGUAUUCCUAACACAGUUAAACAAUCCCUUGUGCCUUAAAGCACAAAGUAUCUUCACUUGGCCUGGAAAGUUGAGAAGGUGAGAUUGUAGAAAAAUUAAAGAAAGAAGAUAACUGAGCUUGAAAUUGUUUUAUGGAAUCUGAAUCUAAUUCUUACAUUAAGCCAUUCAAUAAUUUCAAAAUUACCUGCAGACUGUUUGAUCAGAUUGUUUUGCUAUGUUUAGCAAAUAAUUUAAUAACUACAUUUCUUCAACUUUUGUUUUCCAUAUUCUUUGGAAAUAGAGUAUUCAUUCCAUGUGAUAUGACUGUGGUUAAUGCACUGCUAAUCAUAACAACAUAAUUGAAAAGUCAUCUUAGUAUUCAGGGCACAAAUUCAUUUUAACUUAUCUACCAAAUUUUGUUUAGAGUUUUUUCUCAUUUGUACUCAACAAGAUUUUGUUGUGUUAAAUAAAUAAAUGGAUGGAUGAUCACAUUUAUAAUAAAAGUGGAUGGUUUUGAUUCUUUCAAGU